CUUAAGAGCCGUAGUUGCACCGUAUCCAGCCCUAUGUUUUCCUCAGAGAGGAAUAAACAGGGCUGGAUACGGCGUUAGUUUUCAGUGGCCCUGUAAACCACCAACAACAAGAAGUCCAAGUCAAAGUUCGCAUUAAUGGGAUGUCUUCAGAGGCAGAUGUUCCAUUUACAAAGCAGAUGCGUAAUGCCACCCGGGAAAUCCACAGUGUCAGUGAUGCCUUAAUAAAUGCAAAACUUGGUAUAGCGAUGUCAGAGGACCGUGUGUGGGCUGAGGGCCUGUUAAUAUUUUAUGAGGUUUUUAAAUAUCUUGAGGGGGCACUAGACCGUCAUUCACACAGUCUGAUUGGAGAGUUGGAUAUUCCUGGUAUAAGGCGCACAGAAGCAUUUGAGAAGGAUUUAGCAUAUUAUAUUGGUGCUGACUGGAAGAAAGAUUACACUCCACGAGAGUGCGUUUGUCAGUAUCUGAAACAUUUGAAGAAGUUAGAAAAUGAGAAUCCUUAUCUGUUGAUGGCUUACAUUUAUCAUUUGUACAUGGGUCUCCUCUCAGGUGGACAGAUAUUACGUCGGAAGAAAGUUCUUCUUCAGAAACUGAGGUUCUUUCGCAAGGAUACAGUGGAGGGCAUGGCUGUAACAGAAAUCGCUGAUGGAUCUGUGUUCAAGAUUAAACGACAAAUGACAGAAGCCAUGAACCACAUUGCAGGAGAGAUGGAUGAAGAUACACGACAGAAACUUUUAGAAGAGAGCAAGAUGGUGUUUAUUCUCAAUAAUAAAAUUGUUCAUUCAAUAGAGGGAGCUGGAGCUAUCGUUACUGUUAAACUUAUCAAAUUAGGAAUCUUUGGAGUCUUGGCUGCAUUACUUUUCACCUAUCUCAAAAAACUGUUGAAAGGGUAGAGGUCAACUAACAAUUUAACUCCAAAAACAUGUUAUAAUGCAUAGCCCCAUAAUUAUAUUCCAACAAUAUUGCUGAAUGUAAUUAUCAUAGAACUUGUAUAUAUUCCCAGUGGUUUUGGAUGUAUUGCCUAGUCUAGGUGUAAAUUUUAUACACUACAGCAAAAACUGAGCUUUAUAAAAAUAUAUAUAUAUAGAAUAGAAUUUUAAAUUUUUUUUGAUAAACUUUGUUUUUUAUAAAGGGAACUUCUUAAAAUGAGUCAUAUUUUCUGAAUAAACAUAUUACAGCCUCUCCUCACUUAACGACAGGGUUCCGUUCCUAAGACCACGUUGGUAAACGAAUUUGCCACUAAGUAUGGAGCAUCCUAUAAUGGUAGUGGGUUUAUGUCAACCAUCUUUGAUACUGUUUUAAUGUCACCUAUGCACCAUUUAUAACAUUUUUAAUAUACAUAUUUUUAAAUGUUUAUACAGUAGUGUACUGUAUAUUGUAAUAAACAGAAUAGAGCAAAUCAGCUCUAAUAUACAUUAUUUAGGUAUUCAUACUGGUCAGAGAGCCUGUCGUAAGUCUGAGUCAUUGGUAAAUGAAUAUGUUGCUAAGUGAGGAGAGGCUAUUGUUUGGUGAGUCAGAGCAAGUGAGCCAAAGUCAGUUUUUGUUUGCCUUAUACUUGAAACAAUAAAAAAAACUUGUUUCCUCAAAAUGCUGUAUUAUUUGAUAAUAUUCUCUGUUCAAAAUAUUCGUAAGGUGAAU